AUGCUGCUGCUGCGCCUGCUGCUCCUGCGGCCGGGGCUCUCCGGGAGCCGCGGCGGCUGCAGCCUCCGCUUGACGCCGGCGGCCGAGGGCAGGCCCGCGCGGGCCUUUUGGGUUGCCAGGUCCUCUGGCAGCCAGGCCAGAUUCUCCAGCUUUCUCCGGCUUUCUCCUGACCGACUGGCCAGGCCGUCCCCAGUGGUGCUGCUGCUCUUUGCGCGCAGGCUCUUCCCACUGGGUCGCACCGCCGUGUUCUUGGCUGGUGCAGGGGCUGCCUUCCACAGCAGGGCCUUGUGCCAGGAGGUGGCCUGCGACGUGCCUGCGUGCGUCUCCCCAGUCGCGGAGCAACUGCCCGCCUUUGACUGGGCCACCUUCUGGAGGUUCCUGAGGCCACAGCUGCUGGCGCUGACCGCGGCUGUCAUGUUUGCGCUCGGAGUGGCGCUCCUCAAUGUUCAAAUCCCACUGGUGCUGGGGGACGUGGUCAAUGUGGUGGCCCGAUACACCUGCCUGAGUGAUUACCUGCAUGUGGUGCGGCGCCCUGCCAUGCGCUUGCUGAGCAUCUAUGCCCUCCAGGGGAUUUUCACCUUUGGCUACAUCAUGCUGCUCUCACGCAUUGGAGAGAAGGUGGCCAAUGGCAUGCGCAAGGAACUUUUCAAUUCCUUAAUCAGGCAGGACGUGGCCUUCUUUGACGCCAGCCAGACCGGGCAGCUGGUGAAUUGCCUGACCUCGGACAUCCAGGAGUUCAAGUCCUCUUUCAAGACGGUUAUCUCUCAGGGCCUACGCAGCCUCACCCAGACGGUCGGCUGCUUAAUGUCUCUCUACUUGAUCUCGCCCAAGCUGACGGGGCUGCUGGUGGUGGUGAUGCCCGCCCUGGUGGGGACCGGGGCGUUCAUUGGCUCCUUUCUGCGCAAGCUGUCACGCAAGGCCCAGGAACAGGUGGCCAGAUCCACGGCAGUGGCAGACGAGGCCCUUAACAACGUCCGGACCGUGCGGGCGUUUGCCAUGGAGAGCAGAGAGAUCGAGCAGUACGCUGCAGAGGUGGAUCACUCUGGCCACCUUAACAUGCGCCUGGGGCUGGGCAUCGCAGUGUUCCAGGGGCUCUCCAACCUGGCGCUGAACUGUAUUGUGCUGGGCACUCUCUUGGUGGGCGGCUCCCUCAUGGCCGGGGAAGAGCUGAGCCCGGGAGAGCUGAUGUCUUUCUUGGUUUCCACGCAAACGGUGCAGAGGUCCUUGGCCAACAUGUCCGUUCUCUUUGGGCAGGUGGUGCGGGGGAUGAGUGCUGGGGCCCGUGUGUUUGAAUACAUUACUCUGGCGCCAGAGACCCCCUUGACUGGAGGACAGAGGCUUGCGUGUAGCUCGCUGAGUGGGCACAUUCAGUUCCAAGACGUUUGCUUCAGCUACCCAACACGGCCCGGCUACCAGGUGCUGCGAGAUUUCUGCCUCUCCAUACCCUCCAACAAGACAGUGGCCAUUGUGGGAGAAUCUGGAGGAGGGAAGUCCACUGUGGCUGUGCUCCUGGAACGGUUCUAUGACCCCACGGCGGGCACAAUCUUCCUCGAUGGGCAAGACAUCAGCACUCUGGAUCCUUCCUGGCUCCGGGGGGAGGUCAUCGGCUUCAUUAAUCAGGAACCGGUGCUGUUCAGCACGUCCAUCAUGGAGAACAUCCGCUUCGGCAAGCCGAGUGCCUCUGACGCUGAAGUCUACGCCGCUGCUCGCCUGGCCAAUGCCGACAGUUUUAUUCGCAGCUUUCCUGAGGGAUACAACACGGUGGUGGGUGAGCGUGGGGUGACUCUGUCCGGAGGGCAGAAGCAGCGGGUGGCCAUUGCCCGGGCACUCAUCAAGAAUCCCACGGUGCUGAUUCUGGACGAGGCCACGAGCGCGCUGGACGCGGAGUCGGAGCAUGUGGUCCAGGAAGCCUUGGACCGGGCGGUGGCCGGCCGCACCGUGCUGGUCAUUGCCCACCGCCUCAGCACCGUGCAAGCCGCCGACCUCAUCGUGGUGCUGGCCAAGGGGUGUGUGGCAGAGGCCGGCAGCCCCUCCGAGCUGCUCCGCCGGGGCGGCCUCUACGCCGAGCUGAUCCGCAGGCAGAGCCAGGACGCCGCGGCCGCCUGA